GAGCGCACAAGCCUCCCCCGACUGCAGCAGGUUCCCUCUCUUCCUUGCCUCGUAGGCGUUCGGCUUCUCCGGCUCUACUGCUGCCUCCUUCCUCCCAGCAAACGAGAUGUCAGCUCAACGUGAUGUUGUAAAAUCCAUGUGAGGACGAAAGACAGAUGCAAUGAUUUGAAAGGUAUCUGAUUUUGGAGGAAUAGUUUUUUUUGCCUAUUGGAAGAAUGCAGUGAAACUGCCAAUAUUUCUAGCUGGAAUUAUAAGUUUAAUAUUCACCUUUAGUUUUACUAAUUUCUUACUAAAUAGUACCUCAAAGUAGAAUAAAGAUGUAUGGAAGUGCAAGAACAAUCAGCAACUUAGAAGGAAGUCCCUCCAGGUCUCCUCGUUUGCCAAGAUCUCCUCGCCUAGGCCACAGGCGAACAAGUAGUGGAGGAGGAGGAGGAACGGGUAAGACGUUAUCAAUGGAGAACAUCCAGUCCCUUAAUGCAGCCUAUGCAACAUCUGGACCAAUGUAUCUGAGUGACCAUGAAGGUGUAGCUUCUACUACUUUCCCAAAGGGCACGAUGACUCUUGGAAGGGCUACAAAUCGAGCUGUGUAUGGUGGUCGAGUCACAGCUAUGGGGAGCAGUCCUAAUAUUGCUUCAGCUGGACUGUCCCACACAGACGUCCUUUCUUACACUGAUCAGCAUGGAGGACUGACCACAUCUUCACACCAUCAUCACCAUCAGGUUCCUUCUAUGCUGAGGCAGGUUAGAGAUAGUACCAUGUUAGACCUGCAGGCUCAGCUUAAGGAUCUACAGAGGGAGAAUGAUCUUCUCAGAAAAGAACUAGACAUUAAAGACAGCAAGCUGGGAUCCUCCAUGAACAGCAUCAAAACUUUCUGGAGUCCUGAAUUAAAGAAAGAAAGAAUAUUGAGAAAGGAAGAAGCAGCCAGAAUGUCAGUUCUUAAAGAGCAAAUGAGAGUUUCCCAUGAAGAAAAUCAGCAUCUGCAAAUGACAAUCCAGGCACUUCAAGAUGAGCUUAGAACCCAGAGAGACCUUAAUCAUCUUCUGCAGCAAGAAAGUGGAAACCGAGGGGCUGAGCAUUUUACCAUUGAGCUCACAGAGGAGAAUUUUCGAAGACUUCAAGCAGAACAUGACAGACAAGCUAAAGAGCUUUUCCUAUUAAGAAAAACUCUAGAAGAAAUGGAGCUUAGGAUUGAAACACAAAAGCAAACACUAAAUGCUAGAGAUGAAUCAAUAAAAAAGCUUCUGGAAAUGUUGCAAAGUAAAGGUUUGCCAUCUAAAGGAAUGGAAGAUGACAAUGAGAGAACUCGAAGGAUUGCAGAAGCUGAAUCUCAGGUUAAUCAUUUAGAAGUGAUAUUAGACCAAAAGGAGAAGGAAAACAUACAUCUGAGAGAGGAGUUACAUAGAAGAACCCAACUUCAGCCUGAGCCAGCAAAGACGAAGGCUCUUCAAACAGUUAUUGAAAUGAAGGAUACAAAAAUAGCUUCACUUGAGCGCAAUAUAAGAGAUCUUGAAGAUGAAAUACAGAUGUUAAAGACAAAUGGAGUUCUGAAUACAGAAGACCGAGAAGAAGAAAUAAAACAAAUAGAAGUUUAUAAGAGUCACUCAAAGUUCAUGAAAAAUAAGAUUGACCAACUGAAACAAGAACUCUCAAAAAAAGAAUCGGAACUUCUUGCCUUACAAACUAAGCUUGAAACCCUUAGCAAUCAGAAUUCAGAUUGCAAGCAACACAUUGAAGUGCUUAAAGAGUCACUUACUGCCAAAGAACAGAGAGCUGCCAUACUUCAGACAGAGGUUGAUGCCUUGCGGUUACGAUUGGAAGAAAAAGAAACGUUUCUCAAUAAGAAAACAAAACAACUUCAAGACCUCACAGAAGAGAAAGGAACCCUAGCUGGGGAGAUUCGAGAUAUGAAAGACAUGUUGGAAGUAAAAGAAAGGAAAAUUAAUGUCCUUCAAAAAAAGAUUGAAAAUCUACAGGAGCAACUUAGGGACAAAGACAAACAACUAACUAAUCUAAAAGACAGAGUGAAGUCAUUGCAGACGGAUUCUAGUAACACAGACACAGCGCUAGCAACCUUAGAAGAAGCACUAUCAGAAAAGGAAAGAAUAAUAGAGCGCUUGAAGGAGCAAAGGGAGCGAGAUGACAGAGAAAGACUUGAAGAAAUCGAAUCUUAUAAAAAAGAAAACAAAGACCUGAAGGAGAAAGUUAAUGCUUUACAAGCUGAGCUGACAGAAAAAGAGUCUAGUUUAAUCGAUCUCAAAGAACAUGCAUCUUCAUUGGCAUCAGCAGGGCUGAAAAGAGACUCCAAACUUAAGUCUUUAGAAAUAGCCAUAGAACAAAAGAAAGAAGAGUGUAGUAAGUUGGAAGCACAGUUGAAAAAGGCUCAUGAGGCUGAAGAGGAGGCACGGAUGAACCCAGAAUUUGCAGACAGAAUGAAACAGCUUGACAAAGAGGCAUCAUACUAUAGAGAAGAAUGUGGCAAAGCUCAGGCUGAGGUUGAGAGACUUCUAGAAAUACUCAAGGAAGUAGAGAAUGAGAAGAAUGACAAAGAUAAGAAAAUUGCUGAGUUAGAAAGCUUGACUUCCAGACAUAUGAAAGACCAAAACAAGAAGGUUACUAAUCUGAAGCACAAUCAACAAAUGGAGAAAAAAAAGAAUGCACAGCUGCUGGAAGAAGUUCGUAGACGAGAGGACAAUAUGACAGACAACUCUCAACAUUUACAAGUAGAAGAACUGAUGAAUGCAUUGGAAAAGACUAGACAAGAAUUAGAUUCUACCAAAGCCCGUCUUGCCUCAACACAGCAGUCUUUGGCUGAGAAGGAAGCACAUCUGGCUAACCUAAGAAUAGAGAGGAGAAAACAGCUUGAAGAAAUUCUAGAAAUGAAACAGGAAGCCCUGCUUGCUGCAAUUAGUGAAAAAGAUGCAAACAUUGCCUUGCUUGAACUGUCCGCUUCAAAGAAAAAGAAGACUCAAGAGGAAGUAAUGGCUCUUAAAAGAGAGAAGGACAGAUUAGUGCAUCAGUUAAAACAGCAGACACAAAACAGAAUGAAACUGAUGGCAGAUAACUAUGAUGACAACCAUCACCACUACCACCACCAUCACCACCACCACCAUCACCGAUCUCCUGGGAGGCCACAACACUCCAACCACAGACCUUCUCCAGAUCAGUUGUCAGAGGAACUAGUGAAAGAGGAAGGAAAAACGUAUCACUGGAAUGUAACGAUGAUAAUCUAUUGCAUUGGAUCUCCAAACAUGACCAUGAUAUCCUGGAGAAGAUCACAGAUGCAGAAAAUGAAUGCUAAGGUUGAUAUCUAAUGAAAUGAUGCAUUAAUUGGCAUCUUCUCCAUUAUUUCUUGUAGUCUACUAGCAAAUUAGAUACUUUGGAAAAAAAUGAAGGAGACUCAAGCAGAAAUUACAAGAGCUUUAUUUCUAUCUUUAAUGGGUCUUGCAAGUUAUUGUUUUCACAAACAAACCUUCUGUUUAGAAUAUUAUUGUUUAGUGAAGUUCAGUUAAACAGGUUAUUUGACUAAUUAUUGGUAAAUUGAUAUUGAUUUUAAUAAGUAAUUCAGAUUCGUUUAGGUAUGGUAUCUGCAUUUGCUGAUUUUACCUAGUCUAUUCUAAAACUUCUAUUGCACUAGAUUAUCAAAGAGGUAUUAGUAAAAUGCUAUAUAAGGGUGUUGGCAUUAAUCUUACCCCCAGUUAGAUGUGGGCUUUUUCAAAAAAUAAAACCCGAGACUUUACCCUCCUCUGUUUUCUUAUAUCUACUGAUAAAAUAAUUAUAAUCAAAAAAUAAAACCCAAACCAAAAACCACCAACAGCAUCAAAAAAAAAAAAAAACAACAACAACACAUUGAUAGUAUAACUGGUAUUAAGCUCUGGGCCAGGUUGGAAAUGAAAUCAAUUUUUGGUACUAAUAACUGAUGGCAAAGAUUAGCUUUAUGAAAAUAUGGUGUGUGUCUCUGACAAUGCAUAGGACAUCUAAUUUGAUCAUAAAUAUAUGAUUAUAAACAAGAUGUAUCUAUUCCUGGAUGGUAAAAGCUUGAGACAUAUAUAAAUACAUAUGUAUUUGUAUGUAUGGACAUAUACACAAGGAUGUAUCAACCCUUUACCAUCCAAAUGCAUACAGAUCUUCAACAAUAAAAGCUGGGACUCUAAAAAAUAAAAAAUAAAAAUAA